CCUGUAAGCAGAGCACAGCGGCGGAAGUGCAAAGCUGCUGUGUAAUUGUGCCGUUUAGCUGUUUUUCUGUGAGGAGCAGUUUAUUCAGUUUAAAUAUGCCGGAUUAUUUAGGAGAAGACCAAAGGAAGACAAAGGAGGAGGAAAAGGAUGACUCACCUAUCAGAGCUCUGGAUGAAGGAGACAUCGCUCUGCUGAAAACUUAUGGUCAAAGUACCUACUCCAGACAGAUCAAACAGGUAGAAGAUGACAUCCAGCAGCUGCUCAAGAAGAUCAACGAGCUGACAGGCAUCAAGGAGUCAGACACAGGCCUGGCCCCACCAGCUCUAUGGGAUCUGGCAGCUGACAAACAGACUCUGCAGAGUGAACAGCCACUGCAGGUGGCAAGAUGCACAAAGAUCAUCAAUGCAGACUCCGAGGAUCCCAAAUACAUCAUCAAUGUCAAACAGUUCGCCAAGUUUGUGGUGGACCUGAGCGAUCAGGUGGCCCCAACUGACAUUGAGGAGGGCAUGAGAGUCGGCGUGGACAGAAACAAGUAUCAGAUCCACAUUCCUCUGCCUCCAAAAAUUGACCCAACUGUCACCAUGAUGCAGGUGGAGGAGAAGCCUGAUGUGACCUACAGUGAUGUCGGUGGAUGUAAGGAGCAGAUUGAAAAGCUGAGAGAAGUGGUGGAGACCCCCCUGCUCCAUCCCGAGAGGUUUGUCAAUCUGGGUAUCGAGCCUCCAAAAGGCGUGCUGCUGUUCGGGCCUCCCGGCACAGGAAAGACUCUGUGCGCCCGCGCUGUGGCCAACCGGACAGACGCCUGCUUCAUCAGAGUCAUCGGCUCUGAGCUGGUGCAGAAGUACGUGGGAGAGGGAGCCAGGAUGGUGCGUGAGCUGUUCGAGAUGGCCAGGACUAAGAAGGCUUGUCUCAUCUUCUUUGAUGAAAUCGAUGCCAUCGGAGGUGCUCGUUUCGACGACGGUGCCGGUGGAGACAACGAGGUCCAGAGAACCAUGCUGGAGCUCAUCAACCAGCUGGACGGCUUCGACCCUCGCGGCAACAUCAAAGUGCUGAUGGCCACCAACAGACCAGACACACUGGACCCGGCCCUGAUGAGACCCGGACGUCUGGACAGGAAGAUCGAGUUCAGCCUGCCUGACCUGGAGGGUCGCACACACAUCUUCAAGAUCCAUGCCCGCUCUAUGAGCGUGGAGAGAGACAUUCGCUUUGAGCUGCUGGCUCGUCUCUGCCCCAACAGCACCGGCGCUGAGAUCCGCAGCGUGUGCACAGAAGCCGGCAUGUUCGCCAUCAGAGCUCGCAGGAAGAUCGCCACAGAGAAAGACUUCCUGGAGGCCGUCAACAAGGUCAUCAAGUCCUACGCCAAGUUCAGUGCCACCCCCAGAUACAUGACCUACAACUAAAGAGUGCGUGUGCGUGCGCGUGUGAGUGUGUGUUUCCUCUUUUGGCUUUUUACUUUCAGAAGAAGGAGAGUCAAAAAAAAAUACUGUCCUUUUUUUGUUGUCACCUGUACACUUAAAAAUAAAGUUUAUUCCAAACCGGA